AGUCCUUCUGGCUGAAAGGAUGAUCGCCAGGCCCGCCGUCGUUCGUGUUACUCUCCUUCGAUUCUGCCGCCGGCGGUAAUAGUCAGUUGUUUGGUUAUUGGCUUCUUUUAUGAUCUCUCGCCCGCCAUGGCCAGGAAGCCGUUAUUAUUCCCGCGUCUUUCGCUUCUCUUCUUAAUAUGCUCGAGCUGUGCUUGGGUUGGUAAUGGGGCGGCAUACGAGCCGGUUUUGGUGCCAGCACCACCAUUUAAUGGGAGGGGGGUUGUUGUUGGAGGGGCGGGAGGAGCCGAGCCGGUAUGGAGGAGGGCAGCCGGCGAGGUGGAUGUCCCACGUCCCCGGUCCCCGCCUGCAGAGCCGGCCCACGCCGUACGGGACGGGUGUCAGGCCAUGAUCACGCCGCCUCCAUCACUAUUAGCCCGGCAAGACCAAGGGCAAAUUCAGGCGCUCAGCAACCAGCUGGAGCAGGUCAGCGGCCAGUUCCGAUCGGUCAGCCAGGCGAGCCAACAAGUGAGCCAGUCCAGCCAGCAGCUCAGCCAGUCGCUACAGCAGGCCACCCAACGGCUCAGCCAGACGGAGCAGCAGCUGGCAAGCGCCCGCCUGCAGCAGGGUAACGCGGAAUCCGCCUCGCGAUCCAUGUCGCAAGCCUCGGCGGAGGCGUCACGUCGGGGAGACGAGGCAAGAGCCAGCGCAGACCGCGCCAUCUCGCAGGCGAUCCGUUCGGCAUCGCAGAGCGCCAACCGUGCCCUGUCCGAGAACAUGGCGAGCGUGACUAGCUCGAUGGGCGCCAGCUUCUCGAGUGCUCUCCGAUUGGCUAGCCAGAGCGCAGCGGAUGCGUCCAGGUCGGCGGCAAGCGUGGCACAGAAAGCAGAAGCCGAUGCCACGGCUUUGCGGGACCAAGCCAACACACAAAUCCAACAAGCUCAGGGGGCCGCGCUUUCCGUGACGCAAACCGCCUUAGCAGUAGUAGGCGGCAUCAUCGGCUCAUCGCUGCUCACGGGCGUUGUGUUCGUGCUCGUCCUCCGCCGGAAGCGAAACAAGCGCCGCCGACUCGGCGGCGGCGGCGGCGGCGGCGGCGAGGGCAUCAGUGGACCCAUCGGCUACCCCCAACUCACAGGCACCUCCAACAAAGCCUACUCAGUCUCCUCCGCCAAAAAGGGCUACGCCGCCAGCGACGUCGACAGCCGCAGCAGCACCUACAGCACCGACGACAACGGCUUCCACUUCCCCGCCGACAUCAAGAAACCACCAACCGCAGCAACGACCAUCCCAAGAAAAGGGGUAACCCCCAGCGGUGUCGGCUACGCAGUCAGCUACUACGGCCCGCGCAAAUCCACCACCAUCACAUCCACCACCACCACCACCGGGGCCCAAAACCCGCCCCCCAAAUUCCAGCUCGGCAAUCCACCCCCACCAAGGGCAACAACCCAAACUGCAACACAACCCGCCGCAACAACAGCGUCGUCAGCAGGAGGCGGCAAAUUCAGCCUCUUCCCCAGCCCCAAGCCCGCCAAUCCCGUCUCGCCACCGGCAGCCGCGGCAGCGGGGGCGGCGGCAGGGAACAGGACUUCGAAUGGGAGUGUGCCGCCGAGUCUGGACCGGUGGUUGAGGGACGGGACGGAUGUGAGUCCGUUUGCGACGCUGAAGGGGUAGUAUAGUGUAGUAGUGAUAAGGGUUGGGAGGGGG